UCAGAAAACGUAAACACCUCUUCCACAUUUGAUCUGCUCAGCUGUCUUGACGAUAUACUCAACACAAAAAAUAAAGGGGACAAUGCUUUUAUUUCCUAUCAAAUAAGUUUGAUUCCAUUUAGUUGGAGACGAGACAGAAAGAGCAGGUAAGGACUAAAUGUCAGUCUGUAUUUAGUAUUUUCUCACUGGAAUAAAUUUAGCUAAACUGAUUCAUGUGAUUUUCUUCUAUUCUUUUGUCCUAACGAAAAGACAUGAAUAUUUUAUUAAUGUUUGAGUGUAUUUUCCUCAGAAAACAGUUAAGAACUGAACCUGGACAAAUCUGAUCUGACUGAAAAAGUUUCUGAUGUUGCAGAACAACAUGACUGAAGAGGAAACAAUGGACCCUGACUACUAUGAUGUCAUCUACGGAGACGAGAUAUGUCGCAAAGAUGAAGUAGUGAAAGUUGGAUCCAUUAUUAUUCCAGUCUUUUUCUCAUUAGUGGUUGUGUUAAGCUGCAUUGGUAACAUCCUUGUUCUGGUCAUUCUGGCACUUUAUGAGAGUCUCAAAUCCCUGACCAACGUGUUCAUCCUCAAUUUGGCUCUGUCAGAUCUGCUGUUCACUUUUGGACUUCCAUUCUGGGCCUCGUACUUCAUCUGGGGUUGGACGUUUGGAGAGAUUGGCUGUAAAGCGGUGAAGUUUCUGUUCUAUGUUGGCUUUUACAGCAGCGUGUUGUUCUUAACUCUCAUGACCAUUCAGCGUUACAUGGCAGUGGUUCAUCCUCUGUCUGACUGGGAGAAAUGCAGAGGCUUUUCAGUCGCUCCCUUUAUCGUUUGGAUCCUGAGCGGAGCAGUUUCACUACUCGGAUCAUUUAAUAGCAAAGUUAUACCACAUUUAAAUAGUACAUACUGUGAAUAUGACAGUGUUGAAAUUAAAUCUGGCAUUGCUUAUUUUCAAAAUGCUUUUUUCUUCUUUGCAUUUCUAAUCAUGGGUUUUUGCUAUGGCAGAAUGCUUCGGACAAUAACAAAAUCUCGGACCAAUAAGAGACACAAGACCGUUAGACUAAUAUUCUGCAUUGCACUGGUGUUUUUUAUUGGUUGGGCUCCAUAUAACAUUGUUAUGUUCUUAAAAUCUUUGACCGAUCAGAAAAUCCAUCCAUUCACAGUCUGUGCAGAAAAUUCCUCUCUCUAUCAAGCAGCAAAAGCAUUCAUUUUUGAGAAAAUCAUGUUUUAAAUUCUCUGUUCUUCCUUUUUGUGGUUGAAGUUCUCAUUUCAUUCAAGGUCUUAUAAAAAUAUUGGAACUG